CUAAAAAGUAAAAUCGUUUUACAGAACAAGCAAGCAUAAUCAUCCAAACCUCUAGGCGUCGCUGUGGGUUGGUGCCUGUAUUAUUUUUGUAGGUGGAAAUUCUUGUGUUGGUGAAAUGUGCUUGUAGCGUGUGUCACCUCUUUGGUCUGUCUGGUUAAAUACAUUGUUUUGAAUCUGAGGUGAGCUGGUGAAACGGCGUGAAGAAGCUCAUCAUUAUGUCGCAUGGAUAAAACUGCCACCUCAGAUAAACUGCAUGGGAAAAUAAUCCGGAUGAAAACAACAACACGUCCAGAGCGCGGCGUGGUGCUGCACACAGUGACAGGCUGCAUCUAUAUAAUCCAAUGCAAAGUUACGAGUUUUCACUUUGAACUUCAGAGGACACACACAAAACGAAUACGCUGUUAAGCUGAUCAGAACUGCUAAAAAAUGAACCGCCUGCUGUCCAAACCACCACAGCAGCACUUUUCCAAGCUUCUCUUCACACGCCUGCUGCAGCCUAGAGCUGGCUGGUGGAGGGGCAGGUGUGCUCCAGCCAAGCCCCUGCAGAGACCAGAACCAUCCUCCCAGACCCGGCUCAACCCGCUCAACAUCCAGAUGCUGUCCAGGAACCUCCGGGAGCAGAUCUUCCGGGGGGCAGCGGAAGAUUACCGGGAAGAAGACGUGGAGCGCAGCAUCCGCCACCUCCAGAGACACGAGUUGUGGGGCCGGGAGACCUCGCUGCUGCCCGACGUGGAGCUGCGCCUGCCGCACAUGUACGGGGACGACAUCGACCAGCAUUUCCGAACCCUGGCGCAGAAGCAGAGCUACCCGUACCUAGAGGCUGCUAACCAGCUGCUGCAGGCCCAGCUGCCGGAGCUGCCCCAGGAAUGGGCCAGGGAGGUGGGCUGGACCCAGUACGGACCAGGAGGGGAACAGAAGAAGGUGGAUUUUCCUGAUGAGCGGGCGCUGGUUUUUGACGUGGAGGUGUGCAUGGCAGAAGGGCAGUGCCCCACUCUGGCAGUUGCUGUGUCUCCUACUGGCUGGUACUCGUGGUGCAGUAAGCGUCUGAUCGAGGAGCGCUACACCUGGUCCACUCAGCUGGGCCUGGCUGACCUCAUCCCCCUGGAGACUCCUCCCAACUCCAGCAAGUCCCCCAGUGGGCAGUGGAGCGAGAGGCUGGUGGUGGGGCACAACGUCAGCUUCGACCGGGCUAAGAUCAAGGAGCAGUACCUGCUCAAGGGCUCCAACAUGCGCUUCCUGGACACCAUGAGCAUGCACAUGGCCAUUUCAGGACUGACUGGCUUCCAGCGCUCCCUCUGGAUGGCCAGCAAGCAUGGCAAGAGGCAGGGACUGCAAGAGGUCAAAGAGCACAUCAAGAGGAUCGGGCGGCGCAAGGAGGGUCCAGCGAUUGGCUCGUGGCGCUGGGUGGACAUCAGCAGCAUAAAUAACCUGGCUGACGUUCACGCUCUGUAUGUGGGCGGGGCUCCGCUGGAGAAGGAGGCGCGGGAGAUCUUUGUCAAGGGCAGCAUGAGCGAUGUGCGGAGCAGCUUCCAGGAGUUGAUGCGGUACUGCGCCCUCGACGUCCUGGCGACUCACGAGGUGUUCCAGGAGCAGCUGCCUCUUCUCAUGGAGAGGUGUCCUCACCCUGUGACCUUCGCCGGGAUGCUGGAGAUGGGCGUGUGCUACCUGCCUGUCAAUCAGAACUGGGGGCGGUACCUGGAGGAGGCUCAGGGCACUUUCGAGGAGCUGCAGAGGGAGAUGAAGAAGUCACUCAUGAACCUGGCUGACGAGGCGUGCCAGCUGCUGCAGGAGGACAGGUACAAGCAGGACCCCUGGCUGUGGGACUUCGAGUGGGACGUCCAGGAGUUCAAGCAGAAGAAGUUGAGCAUCAAGAAGAAGAAGAAGAAGGAGGAGGAGGAGGAGGAGCAGCAGCAGCAAGCUGACACAGAGACUGCGGCUGUGCAGAUGGGCUCCCAGAGGACCAGUGAGGAAGACCCUGGGCCCCCGACGGAGGAGGAGGAGAUGGCCCCCCCUGCUGGUAGAGGGCUGCUGGAGCGGCUGAAGGAGACGGUCAGCCUCCUGCCCAAGAGGAGGCAGCACCUGCCAGGACAUCCCGGGUGGUACCGGAAGCUGUGUGUGAAGCUGUCGGACCCGGACUGGUCCCCGGGGCCGGGUCUCAUCAGCCUUCAGAUGCGGGUCACCCCCAAGCUGAUGGGGCUGACGUGGGACGGCUUUCCCCUGCACUACUCUGACAGGCACGGCUGGGGAUACCUCGUCCCGGGGCGCAGGGACAACCUGGAGCAGCCAGGGGGCAGCGACGGGCCCGUCUGUCCCUACAGAGUCAUUGAGAGCGUGUACAGAGAGCACUGUGAGCGCAGGGGGAAGGAGCAGCCUGAGUGUCUGGAGAUCCCACUCAGCGAGGACUUCAUGCUGACCGAUGGGGACCUGUGGCAGAUGGUGGAGGAGUUGAGCCGCCUGGAGCCUUUGGAUAAUGGGAUUGAAGAGGAGACUGGAGCCAGACGAAGUAAACAGAAGAAAACAGAGGAAGAUUCUUUGGACCGAGAAGAUUCCCCCAGUGAAAGCCAGCCUACCUAUCACCACGGUAACGGACCCUACAAUGACGUCAACAUAUCUGGGUGCUGGUUUUUCAAGCUCCCCCACAAGGACGGGAACGCCAACAAUGUGGGCAGCCCAUUUGCAAAGGACUUCCUGUCUAAGAUGGAGGACGGCACACUGCAGGCAGGCCCUGGCGGGACGAACGCCACGAGAGCGCUGGAGAUCAACAAGAUGAUCUCGUUCUGGAGAAACGCACAGAAACGCAUCAGCUCUCAGCAGGUGGUGUGGCUGAAGAAAGGGGAGCUGCCACGCACUGUCUCCAGGCACCCUGAUUUUGACGAGGAGGGUCAGUAUGGUGCCAUCCUGCCACAGGUCAUCACAGCCGGCACAGUGACCCGCAGGGCUGUUGAACCCACCUGGCUCACCGCCAGCAACGCCAGGCGGGACAGGGUGGGCAGUGAACUGAAGGCGAUGAUCCAGGUGCCCCCUGGGUAUCACCUGGUCGGAGCCGAUGUGGACUCGCAGGAGCUCUGGAUAGCAGCCAUCCUGGGAGAGGCCAACUUCGCCAGAAUGCACGGCUGCACAGCGUUUGGCUGGAUGACUCUGCAGGGUAAGAAGAGCCAGGGAACGGACCUGCACAGCCGGACGGCGGCCACAGUGGGCAUCAGCCGGGAACACGCAAAGGUCUUCAACUAUGGCCGGAUCUACGGGGCCGGCCGGCCCUUCGCUGAGCGGCUCCUCAUGCAGUUCAACCACCGGCUCAGCCAGCCGCAGGCCUCCGAGAAGGCCAGGCAGAUGUACGCCGUCACCAAGGGGGUCCGCAGGUACAGGCUGUCGGAGGAGGGGGAGUGGCUGGUGAAGGAGCUGCAGAUCCCUGUUGAAAGAGAAGAGGACGGCAGUGUGUCCCUUCUGGACUUGCGGAAGAUACAGAGACUGGCCUCAAGGAGCUCAGGACACCGCAAGUGGGAAGUGGUGGGCAAGCGCGUGUGGGCAGGGGGCACAGAGUCGGAAAUGUUCAACAAGCUGGAGAACAUUGCCCACUCAGACGCCCCCCGCACACCUGUACUGGGCUGCCGAAUCAGCAGGGCGCUGGAGCCCAGUGUCGUGAAGGAUGAGUUCAUCACGAGCAGAGUGAACUGGGUCGUGCAGAGCUCGGCGGUCGACUAUCUGCACCUGAUGCUGGUCUGCAUGAGGUGGCUGUUCGAGGAGUUUGAUAUCGACGGGCGCUUCUGUAUCAGCAUCCACGAUGAGGUGCGGUACCUGGUGCGCAGCGAGGACCGAUACCGGGCUGCACUGGCACUGCAGAUCACCAACCUGCUCACACGCUCCAUGUUUGCCUUUAAGCUGGGGAUGCAGGACCUGCCCCAGUCCGUGGCGUUCUUCAGUGCGGUGGAUAUUGACCAGUGUCUGCGCAAGGAGGUGAAUAUGGACUGCGAUACUCCCUCCAACCCAACAGGCAUGGAGAGGAGAUAUGGGAUCCCUCAGGGAGAAGCCCUGGAUAUUUAUCAGAUUAUUGAGAUCACCAAGGGAUCACUGGCUAAAGGGAAAUAGCUGGGAGGUUCCUCAUGCAUUUUC